ACGUGACGUUUUGUUUUGGGUCCUGCUCACAGACCUGGCGGCCCCCUGGUCUUCCUCACACGCAUGUGAGCCGACGCAGGAUGGGUUACACCUGCCUCUUCUUCGUGAGCGUUUGCCUGUUUUGCACCUGCGUGGCUUCGCCGCCGAACUUCGUCCUGCUUUUCGCAGAUGAUCUGGGUUUCGGGGAUUUGGGCUGCUACGGGCACCCCAGUUCACUUACCCCAAACCUGGACCGCCUGGCUGCGGGAGGACUCCGCUUUACAGAUUUCUACUGCACGAGCCCCGUCUGCAGCCCGUCCAGGGCAUCGUUGUUGACAGGGCGUUAUCAGACCCGCUCAGGCAUCUACCCAGGAGUGUUGUACCCAGGCUCCGUAGGCGGUCUCCCUCUGAAUGAGACCACCAUCGCUGAGGUCUUGAAACCUCUGGGUUAUGCCACCGCUGCCGUAGGGAAGUGGCACCUGGGAUUUGGGGCCAAUGGGAUGUUUCUUCCAACCAAGCAGGGGUUUGACCAGUACCUGGGGAUCCCCUACUCCCAUGACAUGGGUCCCUGUUGGAACCUGACUUGUUUCCCUCCAGAUGUUAAGUGUUUCGGAUUGUGUGAUGUUGGCACUGUAACGGUCCCGCUCAUGCACAAUGAGGUCAUCAAGCAGCAACCAGUCAACUUCCUGGACCUGGAAAGGGCUUACAGUGACUUUGCAACCAAUUUCAUUGCCACAUCAGCCAAGAAAAAACAACCUUUCUUCCUCUACUACCCCUCCCAUCACACCCACUACCCCCAGUACGCAGGUCCAGGGGCAGCCGGGCAGUCUUUAAGGGGCCCAUUCGGAGAUGCUCUGUUGGAGUUUGACAACGCUAUAGGAAACCUACUGACAACCCUGGAGAAGACAGGAGUAAUCAACAACACGCUGGUUUUCUUUACUUCAGACAAUGGACCCGAACUGAUGCGAAUGUCCCGUGGCGGUAACGCUGGCCUGCUGAAAUGUGGGAAAGGCACCACAUAUGAGGGGGGCAUGAGAGAGCCGGCUAUCGCCUACUGGCCAGGGACCAUCAGGCCAGGCGUGACUCAUGAGAUGGCCAGCACUCUAGAUAUCCUUCCCACCAUCACAAGUCUGGCAGGAGCCACACUGCCCCAGGUGAUGCUGGAUGGGGUCGAUAUGACAGAAAUCCUUGUCAACCAAGGAAAGAGUAAAAGGGAGACGAUGAUGUUCUACCCCACAGAUCCCAGUGAAAAGUACGGCCUGUUCGCUCUCAGGCUGGGGAAGUACAAGGCCCACUUCUAUACACGAGGUGCAACCCACAGUGGUACUACCGCAGACCGUGACUGCCCAUUAUUCGCAGUUCUCAAGGCCCACAACCCCCCUCUGCUCUUCGACCUGGAGGCUGACCCCUCAGAGAACUACCCUCUCCCUCUGAUGGGAAGACCCGAUCUCCAGGCCCUGCUGGAGAGGAUCAGGAAAGUAAAGGAGCAGUUUGAAGCCUCCAUGGUGUUUGGUGAGAGCCAGAUAUCCAAAGGAACAGAUCCCCGCCUGGAGCCUUGCUGCAGUCCUCAGUGUAGCCCCAAGCCCAGCUGCUGCCAGUGUUGAUCGGACACAUUUUCACAGCUCCUAAUGAAGACAAUGUGGGGAAGGCUAGAGGGACUGCACCGCUUUUACCCUAAAAUUGCUCAGUGAAAGCACAAAAGGUGAUGCUGAUUUUGUAAUAUGUGUCGCUACUGGCUUGUGGACAGUUAAGCUUGCAAACAAUCUGUUCCCUCAGUGAGGAGAUCAUUUUCUCAAUUUUAAUAAUGAUUGUAUUUAGAACUAAUGUAUAACAAUGUACUGUAUGUUUCCUGACUUGAAUACAUGUUUUAUUAUGUGGUGCAUCAUGUAAUUUCCCCUUCAGCAUUCUUUAUUAUCAUACAAUUUUGAAUUAAUACAUGAAUUUAUAUGUGAAAAUGUUUUGCAGGCCACUUCAGUCACACAAACAGUCAAAAGUAGAUGUGAACAAUAAAGACAACAAUAAAGGUUUUUGA